CUAGUUUUUUUGUAAAAAUUAUUACAAUAGUGUAUUUCAAGAGAAAACGCAUGAGUCGUUCUCACCAUCAUCGUCAAUCCAAGACAUCCUCAUAAAUGACCUAUCCAUCACUGAACGUCGAAUUCCAUUCGAUGAUGAUGAUGCGUCCAAUCACCCUUCAAAACGUCGCCGUCAUCGGCGCAGGCGCUGCCGGCCUUGUCGCCGCCCGCGAGCUCCAGCGAGAGGGCCACAAAGUCGUCGUCUUCGAGAGAGAAGAUCGAAUCGGAGGCACCUGGGUCUACAAUUCAACCACCGAGUCCGACCCAAUUGGGAUCGACCCGUUUCGCACGGUGAUCCAAAGUAGCCUUUACGCCUCCCUCCGGACCAACCUGUCCCGAGAUUGUAUGGGUUUCCGGGACUACCCGUUUGUGGCUUCGAAAGAGGCCAACAGGGACCCGAGGAGGUUUCCGGGUCAUAGAGAGGUGUUGGAGUAUCUGAACGAUUUUGCGAGUGAGUUUGGACUCAGUGAGUUGGUGAGGUUUGGUACGGAGGUGAGGAAUGUGUGUUUGGAAGGUGGGAAAUGGAAAGUAAGAUCGAGAAAGGGUGGAGAUCAGUUGGAUGAGAUAUAUGAUGCUGUGGUUGUUUGUAAUGGGCAUUUUACGGAGCCCCGAAUUGCAGAAAUUCCGGGCAUUGAAACAUGGCCAGGACGUCAAAUUCAUAGCCACAAUUACCGCGAUCCUGAGCCCUUUCAAGGUCAAGUUGUAAUUCUGAUUGGGAGUGCUGCCAGUGCUGUCGAUAUCUCUAGGGACAUUGCUGGAGUUGCUAAACAAGUCCACAUUGCAUCUAGAUCGGUUACGGAUGGAACUAUUGGAAAGCUUCCUGGAUACAAUAACAUGUGGCUUCAUUCCAUGAUAGAAAGUGUCGACAGAAAUGGUACCGUGGUAUUCCAAGAUAGGAGUGCAGUCCGUGCUGAUGUCAUUCUACACUGCACAGGGUACAUGUAUCAUUUUCCUUUUCUUGAUACAAAUGGCAUUGUGACUGUGGAUGACAACUCCGUGAGGCCAUUAUACAAGCACAUUUUCCCACCUCCCUUGGCUCCACAGCUUUCAUUUGUGGGAUUGCCAUGGAAGGUUAUCCCUUUCCCAUUGUGUGAAAUCCAGAGCAAGUGGAUAGCGGGUGUUUUGUCUGGUCGAAUUGCACUUCCAUCGUCAGGCGAGAUGAUGGCUGAUGUCGAAGCUUUUUACAGAACAUUGGAUGUGUCUGGCAUCCCAAAACGUUACACUCAUAAUCUCGCCGCUUCUCAGUUUGAGUACUAUGACUGGCUUGCUGCCGAGUGUGGGUACCCAGCGGCUGAAAAAUGGAGGAACCAAAUGUAUUCCGCAGCUACCAAGAACAGGAUGGCACGGCCAGAAACAUACCGCGAUGAAUGGGAUGAUCAGCACUUGGUUUCUCAAGCCAAUGAAGACUUCAUCAAAUACAGUUCAUCAAAUACAGUUCAAAAGGAAAUGGAUUCAUCAUCUCUCAAUAACCAGAGCUCCUCAAGCACUCCCACAACACAAGAGUUGUAAGGAGCCACUAUUGUAUUUUCUAUCCAUUUCAUCAUUGUUUAUUUAUUGUUGUGGGUGAAUUGGUUAUAGGCUGUUUGGUUUUGUGCUUUGUUUAAAGGGUAAUGUUAGAAACUCCAAAUUUUCUACCAAAUAAAUGACUAUGUGACAUUUGGUCACCCAUGUGAGACAUUUGGUCAUUAAUUUGAUAGAAAAUUUAGGAUUUAUAACAUUUUCCUUGUUUAAAAUGCUUCACAAAAUUGAAAUAAUGGAUAACAUUUGAUCCUGCAUACACAUUUUUUUGUGCUCUUUGUAAAACAGCAUACAAUUGAAAUGUAAUGCGAGGGAAAACGUUUGAUCCAA